AAUGUAAAUUAUAUAGAAAAAAAAAACAAAUGUAAACGUGUUAUGUAUUUAUAUAUUAAUUUUGUAUGGAAAAGUCAAUGUCAUGUAAUGUAAUGUGGGAAAACAAAAGGAGCCUUGAUUUUGCUGUGAAAAUGACUUGUGCCUGGGUUUUGCAGUGAAAAUGACACGAGGGGUUUUGGUUUGAUAAUGAUGUUUUCGUUGGAUAGUUAAAAUAGAAUUUUGGGCUUUGUAUGGUUGGAUCUAGUAAUCUGAGAUUGGGCCUCUUCUAGGUUCUCAAAGUAAUGAAAUUUGUUUCAUGUUGGGCCAUGCUGAUUGGUUUGGCUGCUUUAUCACUAAAUUCAUGGGUAUAUUUUUAUUUUUUUUUCCAAAGUCAUGGGUACGUUGAAUGGUGAAGGACGAGUGUUUAUUGAUAUAUGUUAUCCAGUUUGGCUUCUGUUGAUCAAGUUGAAUAUGUGCUACAAAACAAAGAUCGUUGUUGAUUUUACUGCUUCAUGGUGUGGACCAUGCCGUUUCAUUGCUCCCUUCUUGGCUGAGCUGGCCAAGAAACUGCCAAAUGUUACCUUCCUGAAGGUGGAUGUGGAUGAACUGAAGACUGUUGCUCACGAGUGGGCUGUGGAGUCAAUGCCAACCUUUAUGUUCCUGAAGGAGGGGAAGAUUAUGGACAAGGUGGUUGGAGCAAAGAAAGACGAACUGCAGCAAACUAUAGCGAAACACAUGGCUACUGCUUCCACUUAAAUUGGAAAAUCUCCAUGCGGCUUCACUGUUUACGUUAGUAAUUUUGUGUUUUUCAAAAUAACUAAGACUGGUGCUGUCUACCACGAGUUGAUCCUCGUAGAGUAGUGUCAAGCAAUAGAAUUCUGUUACUGGGACUAGUUUUGCUUUAUUAUCUUUGUGUGGAAAGGAAGAUUUCUCUGCUGCAUGCAAAUUUAUGUUUGGCUGAUGAUUCUGUGAUU